AAGAAUUCCGUGUCUCUUGAACUCAUAUUUUUUUGACUUGUUGGUGAAUAUUCUUCAGUCUAAUAAUACAAUUGGAGGAAGAAAACCGACAGGAGAAUAAUGGACAGUGACCCAUUAUUGGAAGAACUCCUCUCCCAGAUUGGAGACUGGGGCAAGUAUCAAUACCGACAGCAUAUGCUCCAUCUCCUCGGAGGAUUCCUCGCAGGCCUUCACAUGCUCUCCAUCGUGGCGAUUGCUCCCACCCCUUCCCACAGAUGCUACAUUCAAGAACUUGAUGCCGAUGUGUCCACUCCCACCUUUAACUUGUCCGAGUUGAAACCGUACAUUCCCUUCAAAGAUGGAAACUAUGAAACUUGCAAAAAGUUUGAUGCAUUGACUAACGAAACAAUUGGAUGUGAACAAUUCGUGUAUGAUGGAACUUAUUACAAAGAGUCCAGAGUCAUCUCGUGGAACUUGGUCUGUGACCAGCGAUGGGAACGAGCCAUAAUUCAAGCAAUUUAUAUUUUUGGCGUUCUGGUGGGAGCAAUUGUUCUUGGACCAAUGGCAGAUAAAUAUGGCCGAAAAACGAUUUUCUGUAUAUCUGGAGUGUUACAGCUCUUUGCAGGACUUGCAUCAGCCUUUAUUUCGUAUUAUCCUCUCUACUGCACUGUUUUAUUCUUCUAUGGAGCAUUUGCUAGUGCAGGAAGUUAUAUAAGUGGAUUCUGUCUGACAAUGGAACUUGUGGGACCAAGUAAACGUACCAUUUGUGGGACAUUAUUUUCUUUAUACUUCGCCUUGGGGGUAAUGGUCGUCGCAAUUUGGGGCUAUUUAAUUGUAGACAUCACAAUCUUGCAAAUUGUUUAUAGUUUGCAUAGCUUGACCCUAUUUGCUCAUUGGUGGCUAAUUGAUGAAUCUGUCCGCUGGUUAUGGGGCCAAGGUCGAACUGCUGAAGCUGUGCAAAUUGUAAAGAAAGCAACGGAAAUGAAUGGGAAACCCUUUGAUGGCAAAUUUGAUGGAAAAAUAGUUUUACCCUCGACAGAGGGAAAGUCAUACGGAAUUGGGGAUUUAUUUAAGAAACCUGUCCUGAUGUCACGCGCCAUCAAUGUCGCCUUCAAUUGGUUUGCGAAUAGCAUUGUGUAUUACGGACUUUCACUCAACACUGGAAAUUUGCACGGAAACCCGUACCUCUUGUUGUUCUUCAGCGGACUCGCGGAAAUUCCAGGCUACAUACUUGUCGUUUGUAUUGUGGACAAGACUGGGCGGCGCAGCUUGUGCUCCACCCUCAUGCUACUUGGUGGAUUUGCAUGCAUCAUUGUUGCAUUCAUUUCAAAUGGCACUGUGAUAACAACAAUAGUCAUGCUCGGAAAGAUGUCAAUUGCCGGAUCAUUUGCCAUUAUCUAUAAUUACACUGCAGAAUUAUUUCCUACAGUAGUUCGAAAUUCGGCAGUUGGCGUUGGUGCAAUGGCUGCUCGUUUCAGUGGAAUGCUAACCCCACUUUUGUCCCUCCUGGAUUCUGUUGACAAGCAAUUGCCCACCGUUAUAUUCGGAACAUUUGCAAUAUUAUCUGCAAUGUUGACCUUGUUUUUACCUGAAACCUUGAACAAGCAAAUGCCCCAAACGGUGGAGGAGGGUGAGCACUUUGGCGUGGGAGACACAGGCUAUCGAACCUUUCUCAACUUUUGUCGUGGCCGGGGCACAGAUGAGCCAAAAGAAGUCACCGAAAAACUUAAUGUAUCCGAGUCGGCUUAAAACUCUAUUCGUCCCACUACAAAUCUAGUUUCUAGAAAAUUAACAAAAUAGGAAAUCGUUUUGUAUAGUUUUUAUAUAAGUUGUUAAUACUAUAACUUGUUUCUGGGCCAUAAAUCUGUAAAAAUUAGAUGUCACACUUUAAUUAAUUAAGAACUUGAUAUUUUACAUAAUAUGUAAGGUAUGCUGUAAUAUUAUUUACAAGAGUGUUCAAAUAAAUAAAAUUCAACUAAAA